UUUACCUGUAAUUAAGUAACUUGCUCUGCCAUUUUCUCAGAUGUUAUCUACAUUGGUGCCAUUCAUCCAGUCCAUAGGAAUUUGGGGGUGAUGUGCAUGGAAAAAGGAAAGAAUGUUUUGUGUGAAAAGCCUCUGGCCAUGAACCUCACAGAAGUAAAUGAGCUCAUCUCUGCUGCCAGGAAACACAAUGUGUUUUUAAUGGAGGCAUUCUGGAGCCGAUUCUUCCCAGUCUAUGAGAAGAUCCGCAGUCUUCUAAAUCAGAAAGCUCUUGGAGAGGUGAAGAUUGUACGAGCAGAAUUUGGUGUGAACUUACUUCAUGUUCCUCGAUCAGUGGAGAAGGAGCUGGGUGGUGGUGCUCUUCUGGACAUCGGCUGUUAUUGCAUCCAGUUUGCUUUAAUGGCAUUUGGUGGAGAAAAACCAGAGUCUAUAACUGCCAAAGGAUUUCUACAUGAGACUGGAGUGGAUGAAACUGUGACAGUUAUCCUGCAGUACUCAGGAAAACGCCAGGCUGUCCCUAACCUACACCUUUUUGACUCAAAUGCCAAACCAAGCUGUGAUAUGUGGCACAAAAGGAAUGAUUCAGAUUCCUUCAUUCAUGUGGUCUCCAACAACAAUAAUAGUUAAUGAAGAAGAAACAAAGUAUCCUCUUCCUCCCACUAUAAAACAUUUGAACUUUUGGAAUAGCACAGGACUGAGUUAUGAAGCAGAACAUGUGCGACAGUGUCUUUUGAAAGGAUUAAAAGAAAGUCCAGUAAUGAGUUUAGCAGAGAGUGAAUUGCUGGCUAGUAUCUUGGAAGAAGUCCACAUACAACUAGGCAUCUACAAGAACAAAACAUGA